GUCCACGGGCGGGGCCGGGGGCGUAGAAGUGGCUGUGGAGGAAAGGUCUGGUUCUGCAGCCUGCCCUGGAGUCGGCAGCCAGUGGGGAGUUUGAUGCUAUCGUUUUUGGAAGCCCCUACCUACCACCGCCGGGCUCCAUCUGGAGAACUGACCGAGAUUGUGAGUGUUUGGGAACCAGGAACCUUUGGCAGCCGUAGCCCGCGCGUCCCGCCUCCACGCACCAAAUCGAGCACCGCGGCCUUGGAAGCACCGUGGAGAUGAGGAGCAGAAGCAAUUCCGGAGUCCGCUUGGACGGUUACGCGCGGCUGGUUCAGCAAACCAUUUUGUGUUACCAGAAUCCUGUCACAGGGCUGCUGUCUGCCAGUCAUGAGCAGAAGGAUGCCUGGGUGCGGGAUAACAUCUACAGCAUCCUGGCCGUGUGGGGCCUGGGCAUGGCCUACCGCAAGAAUGCUGACCGUGAUGAGGACAAGGCCAAGGCCUACGAGUUGGAGCAGAACGUGGUGAAGCUCAUGCGGGGCCUUCUCCAGUGCAUGAUGAGACAGGUGGAUAAAGUGGAGAAGUUCAAGCACACUCAGAGUACCAAGGACAGCCUGCAUGCCAAGUACAACUCUGCCACCUGCAGCACUGUGGUGGGCGAUGACCAGUGGGGCCACCUCCAGGUGGAUGCCACCUCCCUCUACCUCCUGUUCCUGGCCCAGAUGACUGCCUCGGGCUUACGUAUUAUUUUCACCCUCGAUGAGGUGGCUUUCAUUCAGAAUCUUGUUUUUUACAUAGAAGCUGCAUAUAAAGUCGCUGAUUACGGCAUGUGGGAACGUGGUGAUAAGACCAAUCAGGGCAUUCCAGAAUUGAAUGCAAGCUCUGUAGGAAUGGCCAAGGCAGCACUUGAGGCGAUUGAUGAACUGGAUCUUUUUGGAGCCCACGGAGGACGCAAGUCAGUGAUCCAUGUCCUGCCCGAUGAGGUUGAACACUGCCAGUCUAUUCUGUUCUCCAUGCUGCCAAGAGCAUCGACAUCUAAAGAGAUUGACGCUGGACUUCUUUCUAUUAUUUCUUUCCCGGCCUUUGCAGUGGAAGAUAUGAAUCUUGUGAAUGUGACCAAAAAUGAAAUUAUUUCCAAGCUCCAGGGGCGUUAUGGAUGCUGUCGCUUCCUUCGAGAUGGCUAUAAAACCCCAAGAGAGGACCCAAAUCGAUUGCAUUAUGACCCUGCUGAACUCAAGCUCUUUGAAAACAUUGAAUGUGAAUGGCCCGUGUUCUGGACAUAUUUUAUAAUAGACGGGGUCUUCAGUGGUGAUGCCGUUCAGGUCCAAGAAUACCGAGAGGCCCUGGAGGGAAUAUUAAUCAGGGGCAAGAAUGGGAUCCACCUGGUGCCAGAACUCUACGCCAUCCCACCUAACAAGGUAGACGAAGAAUAUAAGAACCCUCACACGGUAGACAGAGUUCCUCUGGGGAAGCUGCCCCAUCUGUGGGGUCAGUCCUUGUACAUUCUCAGCUCGCUGUUGGCAGAGGGAUUCCUUGCUGCUGGUGAAAUUGACCCCUUAAAUAGAAGAUUUUCCACUUCUGUCAAACCUGAUGUUGUAGUACAAGUUACUGUUCUGGCAGAAAAUGACCACAUUAAGGACUUGCUGAGGAAGCAUGGGAUAGAUGUCCAGAGUAUUGCUGACAUUCACCCCAUCCGAGUCCAACCAGGCCGGAUCCUCAGUCACAUAUAUGCCAAGCUUGGACGAAAUAAAAAUAUGAAAUUGAGUGGGCGACCGUAUCGGCCCAUUGGUGUCCUUGGAACAUCUAAACUAUAUGUGAUUAGGGACCAGAUAUUUACUUUUACGCCUCAGUUCACUGACCAGCAUCACUUCUACCUGGCCCUGGACAACGAGAUGAUCGUGGAGAUGCUGAAGAUUGAGCUGGCCUACCUGUGCACCUGCUGGCGGAUGACAGGCAGACCCACGCUCACCUUCCCCAUCACCCACACCAUGCUCACCAAUGAUGGCUCAGACAUUCAUCCUGCAAUUCUUUCUACAAUUAGAAAACUAGAGGAUGGAUAUUUUGGAGGAGCUAGAGUAAAAUUCGGGAGCCUUGCGGAAUUUCUCACCACGUCUUUCUACACGUAUCUCACCUUCCUGGAUCCAGACUAUGAUGAGAAAUUAUUUGAUGAUGAUGCCAGCGAAGGGAGGUUCAGUCCUAAUAGCGAUUCAGAUUUGGGAGGCUAUUUGGAAGACACCUACAAUGAAGAAAAUCAGGAUGAACUUGACCAGUAUAUCAACCACCUCCUACAAAGCACAUCCUUGAAGUCCUAUCUGCCCCCUCUUCGUAAGAAGACUUCAGAAGACAGCCAUGUCUUCAGUGCCAUCCACUCCACUCGGGAUAUACUUUCUGUGAUGGCAAAAGCAAAGGGUUUGGAAAGUCCAUUUGUUCCAAUGACUUUGCCAACUAAAGUUCUAAGUGCCCACCGUAAAUCACUGAAUCUUGUUGAUUCUCCUCAGCCACUCCUAAAACAGGUCCCUGAAGGUGACUUCCAGUGGCCCAGAGACGAUCGUGGAGAUGUGGACUGUGAGAAGCUGGUGGAGCAGCUGAAUGACUGUUUGAACCUGCAGGACCAAGCAGACAUUCUGUACAUUCUGUAUGUAAUAAAGGGGCCCAGCUGGGACACAAAUCUCUCCGGACAGCAUGGGGUCACAGUUCAAAACCUCCUCAGCGAGCUGUAUGGGAAAGCAGGCCUGAACCAGGAGUGGGGUUUGAUUCGCUACAUCUCUGGCCUGCUCAGGAAGAAAGUGGAGGUCCUGGCUGAGGCCUGCACAGACCUGCUGUCACACCAAACACAGUUGACAGUGGGCCUGCCACCGGAGCCUCGGGAGAAGAUCAUCUCUGCGCCCCUUCCCCCAAAGGAGCUCACAAAACUCAUCUACGAAGCCAGUGGGCAGGACAUCAGUAUCGCCGUCCUCACACAGGAGAUUGUGGUCUACUUGGCCAUGUACGUCAGGGCGCAGCCUAGCCUCUUCGCAGAGAUGCUCAGGCUCCGGAUCGGACUCAUCAUUCAGGUGAUGGCCACGGAGCUGGCGCGGAGCCUGAACUGUUCAGGAGAAGAAGCUUCUGAAAGUUUGAUGAACCUCAGCCCUUUCGAUAUGAAAAAUCUCCUGCACCAUAUUCUAAGUGGAAAGGAGUUUGGCGUUGAAAGGAGCAUGCGGCCUAUCCAUUCGUCUACAUCCAGCCCUGCCAUCUCCAUCCACGAGGUGGGACAUACUGGAGUCACCAAAACCGAGAGGAGUGGCAUCAACAGGCUGAGAAGUGAGAUGAAACAGAUGACUAGGCGAUUUAGUGCCGAUGCACAGCUCUUUUCUGUGAGCCAGGCCGUGUCCAGCAGUUCAUAUUCCUCCAAGUCUAUGAAGUCCAGCACCCCGUCCUCGCCCACUGGCACAUCAUCGUCAGACUCCGGCGGGCAUCAUAUUGCCUGGGGGGAGCAGCAGGGCCAGUGGCUGCGCAGGAGAAGGCUGGAUGGGGCCAUCAACAGGGUUCCUGUGGGAUUCUACCAGAAGGUGUGGAAGAUCCUUCAGAAGUGCCAUGGUCUGUCCAUCGAUGGUUAUGUGCUCCCGUCCUCAACAACACGAGAGAUGACCCCGCAGGAGAUCAAGUUUGCUGUCCAUGUUGAGACGGUGCUGAACCGUGUGCCCCAGCCUGAGUACCGGCAGCUUCUGGUAGAAGCCAUCAUGGUCCUGACGCUGCUCUCAGACACGGAGAUGAACAGCAUUGGGGGCAUCAUCCAUGUGGACCAGAUUGUACAGGUGGCCAACCAGCUCUUCCUGCAGGACCAGAUGUCAAUUGGUGCCAUGGACACCCUGGAGAAAGACCCAGCCACAGGCAUUUGCCACUUCUUUUACGACAGUGCUCCAAGUGGGGCUUAUGGGACAAUGACCUACCUAACAAAGGCAGUGGCUUCUCAUUUGCAGGAAUUGCUGCCCAAUUCAGGCUGCCAGAUGCAGUAGGGCCUCGGCACUCUGAGUCCGUCACUUGCCCCCUAGCCUCACUGGGAACUUUCUUCUGUUGCCCAAGAUCCCCUGUGCUGUCGCAAAAGCAUGUCUCAUCAGAAACACUGGCAGGGCAGAGAUGGCAGUGACUGAAACCAGUGUAUGACCACGCCACAGAGAAAGCCAAGGAAUCCUGUGCCUCCCCAAGGAGCAGCAUAGGAUCAUUGUCUAGGUCCAUUUUCUUGGCACAUUCGUCACAGCAUCUGGUCUCCUGGAGUCUCAAGAGGAAUUGGAAACUGGUCUCUUUUCAGAACAGAGUGAACUGAGAAGCCAGCUUAAAUUGGCUUUCACGGAGAGUUACCAAAAUAGGUUUGGUGAGCUACUGCACAUAUUAAAGAUACUUCCAGUAGCAGUAGCUAGACAAGCCAACCUGGACAAGUGGAACAUCUUAACAGGAUGUAUUCCGUUUGUGGACCAAACAGUUUACCAAAUAGAACAACCCUAGCUUUCUGAGGAAGCUUGGUUUUCUUGUAGUUUGCUUGCUUUCUUGAUAUCUUAUCUCAUUGCCAUGGCUACCUUCAUUACCUUCGAUUCAUGGUCUUCAAGGAUUUUAUCCUGACUGCCUGCAAAUUAGGAGUUUCUCCUGCUUUCUGAAAUAUCCCACAUCUCCUGGAAUCCAGCAAACAAAAGCCAAUGUCAGGGAAGGAGCAAACUGUUCUGCUAGCUGGGUCAGCUGUUGUGGGGCUGCAGCGGGCAGGGAGUCCCUCUGGAAGGCCUAUCACCCUCUGCCCCUCCCUCUGGGGGAGCCAGGUGAUGAGUAUGUGGCACCAGAGGGCAUGGAAAUUUGUAGUAGUGUGCUGCCGUAAAAACAAUGCUUCUCUCUUACGAUAAAGCCAGGCUGGGGGCUGGAGACUGGGGACUCAAGCCCUUCUCCUGCAAGUGCUUCCAUUUUAACACUCGUGUACGUGUGGUUGGAGGCCUUGAGUGUAGAGGAUCCAGAACAAAUCGCGACCAGGCAGGGCCUUGCCAAUCUUUUGCCAGGGGGAUAGAGUUUCUCUCCAGCUGUCCCAGGGGUGGGGCAGUAGGCAAACAGUGUAUAUGAAUAAUGGAGCUGAAAGGACAGUCAACUGGUGGCCACAUGGUGAACUCUGGCUGGUUGAGAGUGAUGGGUUGGAUUUGUGACAACUCUGCCUCUGAAAUGGGAACAUGGUCAUCGGAUAUUUACUGGGAAGUUUAAGUGACAGUGGAGAAACAUGAUGGUCUGGCUGCUUUGAGUGGACAUUGCAGUGCCUGAUGCAUCCUCAGAGUCAAGAUAUAGUAAGGACAGUUAUUCCAGAAGCCAAAGGAAGUUCCUGGUAGUUCCUGCUGAAGAGCCUCUCCUCGGUCCCAGCCAAAUACUUGGCAGCUGCCCCUGGAAGAAGCAGCCCAGAUCACAAGUCUCGGCGCACCUACCUGGACUCGGUGGUGUCUAGGCACCGUUCACAGGGAACAUCAAUGCCUCUGUUUUCCAUGUCUUGAAAACACAGUACUUUUCUUUAUGAAGUACAGAGUAGUUACUGAGGGGAGAGGCUCUGGAAUCUCUCAGCUUCUACUCCCAUGCAUACAUGCUUUCUCUCCCCCUUUCCUUGCCCUUCUCCCCACCCACCCUGCCAUUAAUAUCAGUAUGUAAAACCAUUCUCCUCAGAUUACUAGAUCCUUACUUCAUUCGUCAGCAUGUGUUGAGAAAGUGUUUUCUGUGCCUGUGUGAGAAUACAAAGUGAAAUGAGAUGCAACUCAGGGAAGGCUGAUGUGAAAAGAUGGCCACCGUGCUCUAUGGUGGCGGAGGAGAGCCAGUGUCAAAGAGCCAGAGAAGGUGCAGGAUCCCCUCACAACACUGGCACUGGUGGGGCAGAUCCCAGUGACAGCGUGGGCACCAUGCUGCCCACCCCCACCCUGAGCUCCUGCCAUGCCCCGGAGCCUUCCUGUUCAUGCCCUGUCUUCCCUGGGAAACCCGUUUACUCCUAUUUGCCUCUGAGGGUCCAGGGCAGGUCACAGCCACCCAGGUUUCAUAGUAGCAUUUCAUAGCCUUUAUUUUUUGCCGUUCUUAGGACACAGUUGCCAUAAACAGGGCUCAUGUAAAAUUUACCUAGUAGACUCCCUGGUGGAUCUUUUCAGACACAGAUAAUGUAGGAAAGGUACGAGCUGUGAAAGUUCCACUUGCUUCUUGGGAGAAGGCUCGGGAAUGAGUUACAGCCCUCCAAAAUGAGCCAGGUGCUAAUUUAGAAUAAUCACCUGCCCGUGGAUGACGUGCAAAAGCCACGGAUGCUGUGUUUGGGCUCACCAACUGAGAUGCAGGCUAGGAGAAGAGCCAUAAUAAGCAAUUCAGCCAAGCCUUCAAUUCACUCUUUAGAAACCUCAAAUGAAAUCCUGAAAUAGUACUGCAUUUCCACAAGCAUCAAGCUGUCAGCUUCAAAGGAGAACAGGCUUCUGAGGCUUGAUCCCUUUCACAAGCAGCUGAGGCCCACGCAACAAAGAGGAACAGAUGUUGCAGGGGCCUGUCCUGACCAUCCUGGUCUCAUGGUUUUGCGGGGUGGGGGGGGGUGUGCUUUCCUAUCUCCAUCCUCAGAGCAAAGAGGCCAGUUUUGACUUUUGCUGAGCUGGGGGUAACAUGUUCUGUUUCAGAGCCAGAUCAAAUACGUCUUUGAACAUCCUCAGCUGAAAAGCAGCCAGUGGCUUCACCUGCUGCUCACCCUGGCUUUGACCCAGGUGAAUUCAGCAGCAAGGAGGAAGGUUCAGUCUCUGAGUCUACCUAGCCUUACAUUUCAGGUCUGACCUGGGCCAGUUAUUUGCCCUUUGUGUUCCUCAGUUUACCCAUCUGGAAAAUAUGCAGGAAGCCUGCAGACUGGUACAGGAGUUAGCCCAGGGCAACUGUAGGAAUCCCCCAACACCCCCCAUCUCUGGCAGUCAGGGCCCACAGCCUUCCCAUUCACAGGAAGCCAGCUGUGCCUGAUGGUGACCUGGGCUGAGCUCUAUUGGUCAUGCCCCUGUCUCCCAGGGUGGCUGUCUGUCAAGGGGUCAGUUAGACCUUCUGCAGCUCUAUGGAAGGGUGAUGAAUGGAAGGAGAGACUGUUACCCAUUAGCUGCCUAGACAGAGUGCAUGUAAAUGCUCCCUGUGUAAAGAAAGAAAAAGAAAAAAGACCAAAGAUUAGCAGGGAAGAGAAACAGUUUGUCAGCUGAUUGAUGCCAUUUAUUUCUGGACAAGAAGACAGGAGGCACAGCCUCCCUUGCUGUAAAUUACACAGAACCAUCUCUCAGUUCUAUUGACUCGUGUACAAGUCUGGCAAAUAGCUUUUGUCUUCACUGCUUCCUUUUUGUCAGAGGGCACAAAAGCCUCCCAACCCCCUCCUUUGGCACCAUUGUCCUUCAAGGUGACUUAUGCUUUCGAAGUCCCUGCCAUCUGUUCCGUGUGUCUCUGCACUUUGCCUGGUCCCAGAAUUCCUUCUGUUCUCCUGGACUUGGCCCCCAAUAGCUCUGCUGUGAGGAGAAAGUAAAGCUGCUGUCACCCUCUUAGAGCCCCCUCGCCCGCCACAGGAAGCCAUUUAAGAAAAUCCAUGUCCUCGAGUCACCAAAAAGAGUUCUCUGAGGAAUAUGAAGACCAAAACAGCAGGAGAAACUGCUCUCAAGUCUGUAGCAUGGAACAUUUGACUGAUGGUCUGAGAGAGGAAAAAAUUUCAUCAGAAAACAGUUGUGUGUGUGUGUUUAAGGAACAUAUGUGCAAUUUUGGCAAAAAUGCCUUCUUAGAAGGACUGGAAUAAUUGGAACCAAUGAACUCUGAAGUCAUGUGAUGAUUCAUCCCUCUGCCUUAUUGCAAUAUGUCAACUAUUCUGAAAAAUGAAUUUCUCGGAAAGCAUUUAUUGUGCAUUGCUCAGCAUGCAGAUACGUGGGGUAGGGGAGUGGGAGAUGAACACAAUGACUCCUGGGUUUGUGAAGACAGCUACGGAAGGAUACUUCGCAGCCUCCCAUGAAAGCAUCCUAGCACUUGGUGUACCAGGACCUCCAUGUCUCAAACCUAAAUCCUGAGCAGCUUCAGCCUGUCUCUCAGCGGGUGGCUGCCAGAUGCUUCCACCUCCAGCUGGUAUAACGGGAGCGCCAGGCUUUGCAAAGGGCAUGGGUUUGGGCUGUCCAACAUGGGACCAAGCUGUAUCUGAAUUGGGCAUAGGGCCAUGGUUGUGCCUCCCGUGUCCCCUGUUUUGAAAGAGCUUUCCAGCCACAAACCCAGGAUAGGCACACCCAGGAGGAGCCCCAGUCACUAGCUCUAAUUUCUCAUGGCCUCAGUGUCACCCUUUGCCACUGUGUCACAGUUUUUACUUGCAAAUAACAGCACCUCUGGCUGGGUAGGAAAUAUAUUUCUUAAGGGAUAUUGGAUAAGUCGCAUGGUCACUAGGCUUGGCACUUCCUCAGACAGGAACAAGGCCCCAUUUCGCCUCCAGGUGCCCCUAGGCUCACAGCCUGGGGCUUGCACCACAGAUGUCCCUCCAUGCUGGCUAUCAUCACUAGGGUCAUGGCCUCUGCUCUUUUGGAAACUGAACAUGAGGCUUUCACCUGUCACCAGAGUGGAUUUCACACAGCUGCUAGCUGUCAAUUCAGUCUUGGGCAGGUGUGUUGCAUCAGCUUGGGGGUGGAGGGGCAAGUUGUUAUCUGAGAGGGAGAUUGGAAAAGCCAGUAUUUUCAAGUUCCUCCUGAAGUGGAGGCGCAGUUGGCAUCAUAACGUGGCAGAUCCCACAGACCUAAGAAGGGGAUUUGAUGCCAAGCAUCCAAAACUUAGUGUCUACUACAGCCAGGACUCUUGUCUUUUACUGAUUUGUCCAGAAAAGGACCUAUCUCUCCCCUCCAUCCCCAGUCUGCCCUGAGAACUGACCUAAGAGGCAUCUGUGCCCUUUGAGGAAGAGUGUGAAGCAGGAGUGAAGAGGGGCAUGCAGGGGACCACCAGGCUUGUGUGGGUCAUUCCAGUACCCCCUCUGGGCUCAGCUAGGACAAUUGCAGUUUCUCCCUUUGGGUAAUGUUACUGAGUUGUCAUGACUGGAUCGCCACUGCUACCCAGACAGUCGAGCAGGGCACCUCCCAGCUUGCAGCUUCCAAGGAGCUAUCACAACCCUUCCACUGGGGCCCUGGAGGAGUUACUGGGCCUCACAGGUUUUUUUGUGACCACCAGCCCAGCUCCGUUAGCCUCUUUCUGGACCCUGAGUGACAGCCCAUCUGGGACAAGACACAAAUGAUUGUUGCAUCUUUUCCUGCUAAGUCUUCAGCCAGCUGGGGGAUUUAAAAAUAAAGAAUUGGAAUUGCUUCCAGA